ACCCAAGAACUUUGACGAGGAGAGGGAGCGAAGCAGGAGAAGAGGCAAGGGAGCCGUCGGGAGUAUGUCAUCAGCAGCUCGCAGCAGCCGCAGUCCGGGAAAGACGACAGCAACUACAACAACCACGACGACAGUGGGUACGGGGCGACAGAGAUUGGUGGAGGAGGCACGUCGACGAUGACAACCGAGACGACGGGAACAGUAAGGACGAUGGAGACGACAGGAGGUAUGGGUGAGGUGGACAGGCGGUUUCUUGGCGAGCUGUGGGCGCUGGCCAAGGUGGCGGUGCCGUCAGUCGGGUCGAAGCAGGCGCUGCUGCUGAUGGCCCACACGGCGGCGCUGGGCGCGCGGACGCUACUCUCGAUCCGCGUGGCACAGCAAGACGCGGCUCUGGUGCGGAACAUUGUCUCAGGUCGCAAGCGGCAGUUCUUUCUGGAGCUGGCCAAGUGGCUGGCGCUAGCAGUGCCGGCGACCGGGUGCAACGCGCUGAUCAAGUACCUGGAGGACUCAGUGGCGCUGGCGUUCCGCUCGCGGCUAGUGGCCCACUUUUACUCGGCGUAUACCGCCGAUGAGACGUACUACCGGGUUGACAACAUGGACACCCGGCUCGACUCUGCGGAUCAGUGCUUGACCGAUGACAUUGCGUCGUUUUGUAGCAACCUGGCCUCGCUCUGGUCGCAGAUCUCCAAGCCGCUGCUCGACCUGCUCAUUCUCUCGUUGACGCUCAUUGCACAUGCGCGGUCGCGUGGGCUCAAGCCGGGCUUUAUUCCUGCGAUUCUGGGCUUUGGCGCCAUGUUCUCGACCGGCCGCAUCCUGCGGUGGGCCUCGCCGCCGUUUGGGGCCAUGGUGGCCAAGCAAGCGGCGCUCGAGGGCGCGCUGCGAACAGCGCACGCGCGGUUGAUCUCGUCUGCGGAAGAGAUUGCGUUUCAGGGCGGGCAUGCGCUUGAGGCGAGCUACCUACUUACGGCGUACUACUCGCUGGCAAAACACUUGCGGUUUCUGUUCAAGGAGCGGAUCCUGUACAACAUGCUCGAGGGAUUUCUGCUCAAGUACGUCUGGUCUGCGGUGGGCCUUCUGAUGGUGGCGAUUCCGUCGUUCAACGCCGACGAGAGCGCAGUGGCAGCGUCGGGUCUUGACCCGGAUGACGUGUCGAUGCGGACCGAGGGCUUUGUCUUUGCCAAGAAGAUGCUGCAGUCGCUGGCGGACGCAGCGCAGCGGUUGCUGGCGUCUUACAAGCAGCUGAAGGAGCUCGCGGGGCGGACGGCGCGUGUCUCGCACAUGUCCAAGGUCUUUUCGGACGUUGCCGACGGAGUGUACGUCAAGGGUGACGCUUCGGAGUGGACUGAUAAGCGCGGGCAGGUGGAGGUGGGCGAGUACAUUUCGUUCGACAGUGUCCCGGUUGUGACGCCGACCGGUGACGUUCUUGUUCGCGAGCUGACGUUUGCCAUUGCGCCUGGCAACCACUUGCUCAUCACGGGGCCGAAUGGGUGCGGCAAGUCGUCGCUGUUCCGAAUCCUUGGCGGGCUAUGGCCAUGCCACGGCGGGGCGGUGGUCAAGCCUGCAGGCACGCAGCUGUUCUACAUUCCGCAGCGGCCAUACCUCUCGCUCGGCAAUCUGCGAGAGCAGAUCAUCUAUCCUGACUCUGUCGAGGUGAUGGCGGGCAAGGGGGUGAGCGACGACGACCUUGUGGAACUGAUGGCGCGGCUGUCGGUUGAUCACAUUGUGGCGCGCGAAGGUGGAUGGGGAGCGGAGCAAGCAUGGGACGACGUGCUCUCUAGCGGCGAGAAGCAGUGCAUUGCGAUUGCGCGGCUGCUGUACCAUCGUCCUAAGUUUGCGAUUCUUGACGAGUGCUCGUCGGCGGUGUCGUACGAGAUUGAGGAGGCGAUGUACGCAUCUGCCAAGGCCAUGGGCAUCACGCUGCUGACAGUGACGCACCGGUCGUCGCUGUGGAAGUACCACAACCGCAUCUUGCAGUUUGACGGCGAGGGAGGCUACGUGUUUGGCCCGCUCGACGCAGAGGGGCGGCUGGCGCUUCGCAAGGAGAAGGUGGCCAUCGAGGGCCAGCUCAUCGACGCGCCACGGAUGCAGCAGCGGCUGGAUCAGCUGGACGCGCUACUCGCGGCGGCGACGUGACCGGGAGUCACGUCUGCGACUUGGGUCGAAGACGACGACUCGUCGGCGUUGUCGGUGUCGGCCGAGACAAAUUCGUACUCAUCGCUGGAUGAGUCUAGGUCUUCACCACUUUUGACGAUUUCGAGGUUGCGCUUGCUGGUCUCCAGGUCCCAGCCGGAGACGAGACCUUCGUAGGUUUCGGAUGGCGGAAUGACGGCGGGCUCUGGUGAGAAGGAAAUGGAGGACGAGCGGCGACGGCCUGGGCCGCGACGCGAGAGCCGUUCUGUCAGUAGGUUGGCGGCCUUGCCCUUGGCUCUGAGCUGGGUAAAGUGGUCGGAGGCCUUGGCAAGGAACUGAUCCAAGCCGCCGUCGACGUUCUGGAGGGUAAGGCUGAGCAGAGAGCUGACUUCUUCGGAUGCGACGCCGCCAUCUUCGUCUUCAAGCAAGUCGUUGGCAUCGACCUUGGCGUCCCACGGCGAUGAGCCGACCCAGACCAAGAGCGGGACGAGGACGUGGAACGGGAUGGACUCGGAGCUCACGUUUUCUGGAUCGUUCUCGAUAAACGCGGCUAUGACAGCA